CUAACUAAACAAGGAAAGGGAAUCCCUAUACAAGAGGUGUCGACAGGUGAGACUGAGACCUCUAAAGAUUGAGGAGGAGGUAAAAAACUUCCUUCUGAUUUAUUUAAAUAUCAUUUUAAAAAAAUAAAAAAAUUGAAUUGUUUGGGGUACUUGCUUGCACUAUAGUAAGUGAUAAAAAUGGGGAUCUGCGGAGGUUAUGGUUUAGAGAACAAACACCUCAAAUCAAGGUACCUUGUUGAGUCCGCGAAGCUAAAGGGAAAG